GUCUGUGUAAAUACGCAAGCUUGUGAGCUGCUUUUAGAAACUUCCUCAAACCGGGAUAACUUCCAUUACAGAACAAUGAGUCUUCACAGAAUGGUGCUCGCUCGUUCAUGGACCCUGGUGAAGCACUUUGAGGGGGCGCCCAAACUAUCUGACUUCAAAUUAGUGGAAACUCAAUUGCAAAAGUUAAAGAAUGGAGAGGUUUUGUUGGAAGCUGAGUGCUUUAGUGUGGACCCAUACAUGAGGCCAUACAGCAAGAGAAUGAUGAAGGAAGGGGACAUCAUGAUGGGGACUCAGGUUGCAAGGGUUUUGGAAAGCAAAGACUCAAAAUUUCCAGUUGGCAGCUAUGCUAUCUCAAAUGGUGGCUGGACUACUCAUUCUAUCUCUCAAGGGAAAGACCUGAGUCCUCUACUGUCAAACUGGCCUGACCACAUCCCCAAGUCUCUGGCUCUUGGGACAAUUGGAAUGCCUGGUUUAACGGCGUACUUUGGUUUACGUGAGAUCCUCUUUGCAAAAAAAGGUGAAGUACUUCUCAUCAAUGGAGCAGCUGGGGCUGUAGGAUCCAUAGCUGGCCAAAUAGGAAAAAUAAUUGGGUGUAAGGUCAUUGGAUCUGCUGGCUCAGGUGACAAGGUUGAAUAUUUGAAAGAAAUCGGUUUUGAUGAAGCUUUCAACUACAAGACAGUAGGUUCCUUGGAGGAAGCAUUGAAGAAGGCAUCUCCGGAGGGAUAUGAUUGUUACUUUGAGAAUGUUGGUGGAUAUUUUGCCGAUGUGGCUUUACAGCAAAUGAGAACAUUUGGAAGGAUUGCUGUUUGUGGAGCUAUUGCACUAUACAAUGAUGAAGUCCCAAGAAAAGGGGAAUAUGUACACCUUCCAUUAAUUUUCAAACAACUGCGAAUGGAAGGAUUCACAGUCCAGCGGUGGUUAAACAGAUAUGAUGAGGGUCUGGAAAAACUAAUGCAAUGGGUUGUAGAGGGGAAGCUGAAGUACCAUGAACACAUCACUAAAGGCUUUGAAAACAUGCCAUCUGCAUUUAUUGGAAUGCUGAAAGGAGAUAACAUUGGCAAAGCCAUAAUAACAGCAAAGUAAUGGCAUUAUGCAUUGGCUGUGGAAAAU